AUGGCUGACACCGACGAUACUGUUGCCGACGACGGCCAGCCUAUUGCGAUCACCGCAAACACCAUCGCUGGACCUUGCCCACCCCAGAUGGCUGUCGACGUGGUUGCUCACGAGGGCGGCGAGACCAACAACGCUGAGGGCACGAAGGAUCGCAAUGCCUCUCAGAGAACUUUCAAAGAUCCCCCGGCUGCCCAGAAGAGUCGUCUACUGACCAUCGCGCCCGAGAUUCGAAACAUGAUCUUCAAGCUCUGCCUGUGUCACCCAGAGGACAUUGCCGGCAAGAUGGACUUGAAGCUGAAGGAGAAGAACGUCGAGACCUUUUCGAUGGCGUCGUACUACCCCAGGGGAGUUGCCCGUCCGAAACUCCAAGAAGCAUAUGAGUUCAGCAUCUCCAGUAGUACCAAGAAGUCCGUCAAGAAGCACAGCCUCCGAAACCUCGCCCUCAUGCGAACCUGCCAGACCAUCUACAAUGAAGCCUCUCUGGUCUUUUGGGGCCAGAGAUUCACCUUCAGAACCAUCUUGCAGCUGCAGAACUUUCUGCUGUCUCCGCAUGUGCGUCAUGACCUGGUUCGAGACGUCAAGAUCUGGAAGAUGGACUAUGACAUUGGCGUCAAUUACAUGCCAGCCACCUGUGCCCUCCUUUCCGACAAGUUGACAGGCUUAGAGGUCUUUGAUGUUGAUAUGGGCCACAUGCGCUGGGAGGAAUUCAUCAGCAGGACGAGGCACGAUGGAGGAUUUCAGGACGAUGAGCACAUCAAGAACGCAGCAAAGAAUCUCGGCUUCGGCAUCUACUCAUGCAUGCACCCUUGGGUGACCAAGGUGGUGCGCGAGCAGGGCAUCGACAAAUUGAUGACUAUUCUCCAGAUAGUCAGAGAGUCUGAUCCGAUCGACCCACACGGCACGACCGGCGGAAACAAGAGGGUCUUCUUUGACUUUCGAGGCCGUGGCCAGCUGACUGCGAGCCAGCGGGCGAUGGCGGACGCUGUCACCGCCGAGGAGAUUGUCAGACUGGUCGAUGGCUAUGAGAAGAACCUUUUUUGA